AUGCCAACCGCCUCUCACACCCUGGAACUCAACACUCUUCCGUCUGACGCCGAGGAGCUGAUCGAUGCCGCGCUGUCACAGGGCCGGUACGAUUGCUUGGCCCUCUUGCUCAACAAAUCCAGUCCCGUUCGGAAGGCUGUAACUCUGGGGAACAUCACAAGGACGAGACAGUCACUGGAUCAACAGAAAGAUAUCGUGCAGAGGGGAGACAAGUGGACCCCAACAAAAAUCUGGGGGUUCCAAAUUGGAACGGAUUUACCAAAUACAUUCAACGCAAAGGAUGCUUCAGAGGUCGCGAAGCUCCUAGACGAGAUCGGUCGUGAUCUGAAGCUCUGGGCACCUUUCAGAAUCCUGGUGAAGAGCCUGAAGAUCUCGAUGUUCUUCGCUACCGGUGUGGUAAUGUGUCGUGGCCUGGUUGUAACUGUAUCUCAUAACUGUAUCUCAGAAACCGAUGCAUCUUCUGCGACAAGGCCGGCUGCAGUCCGAGGUCCCCGGCACGGAGCACGCCCCGCUCAAUUGACUACAGGAAGGGCUAAUUGA